CCCCUCCUCUUUCCUUCCCCUCCUCUUUCCCUCCCCUCUCCUCCUCCUCCUCCUCCUCCUGCAGCCGCAGUGAGGCCGGGCGCGGUGCGGAGCGGUGCGGCGGGGCAGGUGCAGUGUCCCAUUCUGCAGCCAAGAUGUGGCCGUCCUUGUCCAUCCUGUGUGUCCUGGUGGCCUUCGCCAAUGCCCGCAGCAUUCCUUACUACCCACCCCUCUCCAGCGACCUGGUCAACCACAUAAACAAGCUCAACACCACCUGGAAGGCAGGGCACAACUUCCACAACACUGACAUGAGCUAUGUGAAGAAGCUCUGUGGCACCUUCCUGGGUGGGCCCAAGCUCCCUGAAAGGGUAGAUUUUGCUGCAGACAUGGAUUUGCCAGAUACCUUUGACUCGCGGAAGCAGUGGCCCAACUGUCCCACCAUCAGUGAGAUCAGAGACCAGGGCUCCUGUGGCUCUUGCUGGGCUUUUGGUGCUGUGGAAGCGAUUUCAGACAGAAUCUGUGUUCACACCAAUGCCAAGGUGAGCGUGGAGGUGUCGGCGGAGGACUUGCUGUCAUGCUGUGGCUUCGAGUGUGGCAUGGGGUGCAAUGGUGGUUACCCCUCUGGUGCAUGGAGGUACUGGACAGAGAGGGGCCUCGUGUCCGGGGGUCUCUAUGACUCUCAUGUGGGCUGCAGGCCCUACACCAUCCCACCCUGUGAGCACCACGUCAAUGGCUCCCGGCCGCCCUGCACUGGGGAGGGAGGAGAAACCCCCAGGUGCAGCCGGCACUGUGAACCUGGUUACUCACCUUCCUACAAGGAGGACAAGCACUACGGCAUCACAUCCUAUGGUGUCCCUCGCAGCGAGAAGGAAAUCAUGGCUGAGAUCUACAAGAAUGGCCCAGUGGAAGGAGCCUUUAUUGUCUACGAGGACUUCUUGAUGUACAAAUCUGGGGUGUACCAGCACGUGUCAGGGGAGCAGGUUGGAGGCCACGCCAUCCGGAUCCUGGGCUGGGGCGUCGAGAAUGGGACCCCAUACUGGUUGGCUGCCAACUCCUGGAACACCGACUGGGGAGAUAACGGCUUCUUCAAAAUCCUCCGAGGAGAGGACCACUGUGGCAUUGAGUCUGAGAUCGUGGCUGGCGUCCCCAGGACGGAGCAAUACUGGACGAGGGUGUAACCACCCUCCUGCAUCACUGCUGAUGAGUUGAUCACACCACAAAUAAUCCCAAGUCCCUGACGCUUUUAACUGAUAGCGGGUUGGGCGCAGAGCCCCCACUCUUAAGAGACUAUAGUUGAGGUUCCUUUAAUUAAAGCUUUUUAUCUUUUUA